AAUAGUUUUUUUUCUACCUAUUUUAAACUAACAGAAAUGAAUAAGAAAAAUGAGCUACGCCUUAAAUUACUUUCACGUCAACAACAUAUUCCAAAAGCUAAAAGGCCAGCUGCUUUGGUUGCUUCUGCUGCUGUCGCACCUGUAAAACGAUCGAAGUUUGAAAAUCCGAGAAAGCCACAGCCAACAUCAUCCUUAACAAAUGUGACAACAGCAGCGGGUCCAUCUGAAGCGCCUCAGGCCAAGAAUCAAAGGAAUUUUUUAUCACAUCCGGUAAAAUUUUAUCAUAUUAAAAAUCAAAUUGGUCGUAAAAAUUAUGAUCAUAUUAAGAUUUUUACUUGUUUUGAAGAAUAAAUUGCCGAAAAAUUUAUAAAAUUUUUAUAAAAGGUAUUUUUCGUAAUAGGGAAUAAUAUCAAAUAAUUGAGGGAGUUAAAUACUAUAUUGUUUACUAAAUGGAUAAUUUUAAGGUCACCGUUCAA